AUGGAUUCGUCAAGAGCAGCCCUGCUCAAAGGCGAAGAAACAAAAAGAGAACUAGCAUUUGUCGUGACGACUACGAAUGAGACGCCCACUGAGAGAGAUCGCAAGCUUAUUCGAAGCCAUGUAAUGAAGGGGAAAAACACUCGCAAACGAAUCGGUUUAGAUCGACAACAGCGGCAGAUCUCUACCAUCGCUCUUGAUGGAAGAGCUUUACGGGAGUUCCAUCAAGAGAACAUGAACCCUGAAGGAGAUGAUGGGGCCUUCGGUGACAAAGCUCCUGUCGGCGCUACACAUUCCGUUUUACUUCCUCCGCCUGCUAGCAUCUUUGCUUUCGUCAAUUUCACCGAAAAUAUUGAUAUUCAUGCCCGUCGAAUGCUAUGUACCUAUUACACCCACUUGAAGACCAACAUGUACCCGAUCGCAAAGUACUCUUACUCUGAUAUUAGCAACACAUACUGGUUCCACUGGACCCAACUUGACCUAGCCUAUCUCCACGCUGUUCUCUACACUACGUCAUUCUUUUUCGACAGUCUGGCAGGUCAGAAGAGCGAAAGAACAAAGUACCACUUGUAUCGAACAGUCAGUGAGCUCAAUAGGCAGCUUAGCAAUCCGAAGACCGCAUUGACUGAUUCCACAACCACUGUCGUCAUGUUUAUGGUCUUCAUUGCGGAGUGCUUCGGAGAUAUCGAGUGUGCCCACAUGCACAUGAUGGGGUUGAGAAAGAUCAUUGAUCUCCGCGGCGGGCUGAGUUCGUAUGACGAAAAGCCUCUGCUUCAGGAAAAGCUGCGUCGGGCAGAUUUGAUCUACAGCAUGUGCACUGGCUACAAGCCGGCGUAUUCGCAAAACGUGGGAUCGUCCAAAUGCGAGGGCUCUGGUUUGGCUGAGCCUAUCUAUGCCGAAUCGGUUGAUCAAUCCUGCUUUUCUCGAUCCCGCCAUCUUACCCGCGAACUGGACAGGGGACUGCACAGCUCUUUCGAAGAUGUCCAGGUUCUAUCGCAGCUAAUCAACAGCAGUCAUGGCAGCGGUGAAAAACUCUCGGACAUAGUUGUUGAAGGGUUUCUGACAUCGAUUCAGUCACGGCUUCUCUUGCUUGAUCUUCACGACCAUCCAUGCAAUCCCCUUGCAGAGAUUCUCCGCUUGUCGCUUCACGCUUAUUUGACAACCGUCUUCUGGAACUUUCCUGGUCUGAAAACCCAGUAUCCAUAUUUAGCUGCUCAAUUUCGCGAAGCUUGUCUCAUAUUCUCGCCCGCCAAUGCUGGAGAAAGCUUUCUCUUUGCUUGGGCAUUAAUGGUCGGCGCGGUAUCGUUGUUCCAUGGCCAAGAUCAAGAGUGGUUAAUGGAAAGGCUCUAUCCACUGAUGGAGAACACUCUAGGUAUCAUGUGGCUUGAGGUCAAAUGCAGUCUAUGUCAGGUGAUGUGGAUUGAAAGUCUUCACGAUGGUCCGGGCAUGGAAAUCUUCAGUCGAUACGUCAGAGAGAGGAAAGGUGGAAGUGCUGGCAUCACGUCUGCAAACUGGGAUGCACCUGCGAUGGGGAAGUAA